AGCCGGAGCUGCCGCCCCAGCCCUUUCCAUAAGCCAGCAGCGCUCAGCGGCUCCUGUAGCCCUGGCACCUGCCGUGGCCCCCUCCGCUGCUCCUGGGGGCGCUGGCUGGGGUCACGGGGUGCAGCCCCCUGCCCGGCUUGGAGCGCGCCUGGGAGCCGGCGGCCGCGCCCCACCCCUGCAAUCAGCUGGCGGGGGGGGACACGCGGGCAGCUCCGCCUUCGAGGCUCACUCGCGUGCGGCCGGGGCCGCUGCCGGCAGCGCGGGGAGGGAAAAGUUGCGUCUGCGGGGCAGGGACUUCUCCGGGCGCGGGAACUCUGCGGGGAGGAGGCGUCGCGCCUGGCUGCUGCCGCCGCCUUAGCCCGGGGACCGGAGGAAGGAGCCGGGGCUUAUUUGCCUGCAGCCGGGCGCCGUGAGCCCCGCCGGUGCACAGACCCCGCACGCAGCUCCGCGGGCUGGGGGGACCCCAUGAGCCUCUCCCGGCCGGAGCUGCUCCUUGGCCCGGCGGCUGCGGCGGGGGGGGUGCCCCGGGACGGGCGGGCUGUCAUGCCGGGCAACGGCAGCGGGGAGCUGGGCAACGCCACGGCGCCGGGAGCGGCGCCCGGCUACAACUUCGCCGCCUUGAUCUUCGGCGUCUCGCUCAUCCUCUGCGUCCUGGGCGGGAACCUGCUGGUCUGCCUGAGCGUCUGCUCCGAGCGCGCCCUCAAGACCACCACCAACUACUUCAUCGUCAGCCUGGCCGUGGCCGACCUGCUGCUGGCCCUGCUCGUCCUGCCCCUCUACGUCUACUCCGAGUUCCAGGGAGGAGUGUGGGCCUUGAGCACAGGUCUGUGUGACGCUCUGAUGACCAUGGAUGUGAUGUUGUGCACGGCCUCUAUCUUCAACCUCUGUGCUAUCAGUGUGGAUCGGUUCAUCGCCGUUUCUAUCCCGCUGAACUACAACCGGCAGCAGAUCGACCUGCGGCAGCUGAUCCUCAUCUCCACCACUUGGAUCUUUGCUUUCGCCGUGGCAUCCCCAGUCAUCUUCGGCCUCAACAACGUCCCAGACAGGGACCCCACCUUAUGUCAGCUGGAGGACAACAACUACAUUGUCUACUCCUCCAUCUGCUCCUUCUUCAUCCCCUGUCCAGUCAUGCUGGUUCUCUACUGUGCCAUGUUCCAGGGACUCAAGCGGUGGGAGGAGGCCAGGAAGGCCAAGCUGAAGAGCAGCUUGUAUGCGGGCGGCAGGAAGCUGUGCUGCCCACCUCCCCUCAUGGAGAGGAAGCAGGCUGAGAUCAAGCUGCAGGAGUGCAGUCUGUAUGACCGCUCCGAGUGCUCUUUCCCCAGGGGGUACGUGAUGAACAGUGGCAUCCAGACUGUCUCCUACCCUCACCUCAAGUACUCCCACCCGGGACACAAACAGAAACAGGCCAAGAUCAAUGGCCGUGAGAGGAAGGCUAUGAAGGUGCUGCCGGUUGUGGUCGGCGCUUUCCUCUUCUGCUGGACACCCUUCUUUGUAGUACACAUAACAAGAGCCCUGUGCAAAUCCUGCACCAUCCCCAGUCAGGUCAUCAGCAUUGUCACCUGGCUGGGCUACAUCAACAGUGCCCUUAACCCCAUCAUCUACACCAUCUUCAACACAGAGUUCAGGAAAUUCUUCCGCAAAGCUUUGCAUGUCUUCUGCUAAGGUUGGCACCUGCUGGAGUCAGGGAGGAACUGAAGCACAGGGCACAGCAGGGAGUAAAGAUGACCCAGUGUUGGUUUUUUUUGUAUAGUUCAUUAAAGUUUGAUUUCUUGCUACGUUCCUGUGUUUUACACUUUUUCCAUGCACAUUGAAAGCACAACAGCCUGC